CACACACACACACACACACACAGAGUCUCUAGCUAAUGCAGUAAGACCAGGAGCUGGAUGCUGCAGCAGCAAAAGCCUCCCGAUCGUAGCCGAAAAACAGCAGGGACUCCGUCUCUCCCCACUUUCCACUCUACAGGAUGUGAGAACAGAUAAACAAUCAGGAUGGUAGCACUGGUCCAGCUCGAUGUGGACAAACCAAACUUUAAGAGAUGGAAGAGACAACGCCAGACCCCGCAUUCGUAGAUGUGGACCAGGGCUUGACUCUAGCAUGCAUUGCUUUCCUCUGCCUGCUGCUGGUGGCCAUGAUCAUCCGCUGUGCCAAAGUCAUCAUGGACCCAUACAGCGCCAUCCCCACAUCCACCUGGGAGGAGCAACAUCUAGACGACUAGCAUGACUUUGAAGACACACCUGUAUCCGGGAUGAAAGGUCAGGUUACAUAGACUUACUCCAAUACUGAAGCACACCAACUAGAAACUCUACAAGCUCUGAAACUACCUACAGCACCGGGACCAGGCAGAACAACCCAACACUGCACAGAGCUGUUCGCAGAACAACAUAUCAAAUACACUUUAGACAAUAAUCGAUGAAUGAGAUUGAGAACUAGCCUGUGUAACUUAUAUUUUUGGGGAGACUUUUAGGUUUUGUACACUUUUUGUAAAAAUCAUGAUGGAUGGGGUGUGCAAAUUUUAUGUACACUGUUAUGUGAAAUGAAGCCUGGCUUGGAGGCAUGCUGACAAAGCUGCUCAUAACGACUAUUCAAAAUUGCAAUACCCGUUUACAAUGAUGAGACAAAAUACAAGUAUGCUAGCUUGAAUGCAAUUCAGGAUGAAGCUUGUGCCGAUAAUCAACAUGCGCAGAAUCAUUAUUUUUCCAUUUAGGAGAAGGUCGUCCAGGCAGGACGUUUAUCUGUCUUAUUGAGAAAGAAGCAUUAGUAUUCGAAGACAGCACUAUAUUUUUCUUACUGAAGGCAUUACAAUUUAAAAAGCAGUGAGCAUCUCUGAAGUGGCUUUUUGAUUCAAAUUCUACUCAAUGGGAAAACAGCCUGCAAAUCAUAAAGUCAUUAUAGAAAAACAUGCAAAAAUGUGGUAGGUUCAUUAUCGGCACAUGCCUGUUUAGGAUACUCAACCCUAUAUAAAGCCAUUUAUCUUGGGUUAAGUGAAAUUCCCUUUAUUCCUUAAUGUGACUGCCUUUCACCACUUCUUAAAGCCAACUUCCAUUGCUCCUUCGUUGUCUUGAAUCAUGUCAGUUAGCGUGUAUUUAUCUGCAGAGAAUUAUUGCAUGUUAUUAAGUGCCUCAGCCAAAAUCACAAAGAUUGUCUUUAAGCAGCACACAAUCAAGAAUAAUGUGUAGCAGAUCAAACAAUAUUGUCUUGAAUGAAAACUGCAACUGUGCUAUGUUUAUUCAGCCUGCAUCUUCUUAUGCAUAAUAAAGUUAACAAGGAUUUUAA